AUGGCUCCAUCUCAUGAAGAGCGGAUUAAAUCUUUAAAAGCUAAACGCGAAGCCUUCAACAUCGAGUUGCAAGAGCUCAAGGACAUGUUAAAUGACCCUGAGGUAUUUGCGCACGGCCGCGACAUUCCGUACCGAGAAAUUGGAAUGCGUCUAGAGGACAUACAAAACGAAUACGCCGCAUUCGCAAAAAAUCAGCAAGAUCUAGACACCGCGGACGAAACAGGGGAUUUAUUACGCGAGCGAAUGAGGUUAAAAUCACUUUAUACGCAGGUGCGAGCACAAGCCUUAGACUUCCUUCCAAGCAACAACGUCGCGAGUGCAGCCACCCAUAUACCUCAUGGGGAUGUACAAAAUCAGCCGUCACCGUAUUCGCAAGGCGAGUUGUUAGAUUUAGACGUACACCUCCCAAAGAUAAAUUUGCCAUUGUUUUCUGGACAGUACGAAGAAUGGCCGGGUUUUGCCGAUCAAUUUCGAUCAACUGUUCACGAAAACCAGAGAAUAAACGAUUGUAAAAAGCUCAUGUAUCUCAGAUCAUGUUUAAAGAACGAAGCGUUGAGGGCGAUAGAAUCACUCAGUAAUGCGGCAUCAAACUAUGCCGUUGCAUGGAAUAUCCUUCAGAAACGAUAUCAUCAACCCGCAAUAAUCGUAACCAACCACCUAAAGGCGUUAUUCGACACGGCCGCUGUUAACCGAUCAACACAUCGCGAAUUAAGACCCUUUUUAAAUUCAAUAGAGGCUCAUUACCGUUCACUACAAUCCCUAAAGCAGCCGACCACCGAUUCUCUCUUAAUACAUUUAUUACUUUCAAAAAUCGACAAGGAUACAGUUUUGAAAUGGAAGGAGCAUACCUGCAAUGAGCAAUUUCCUUCGAUCGAGACGUUCUUUGCCUUUCUACAUGAAAGGUGCCAAAUUUUAGAGCCCUUUGGAAACACAACCAAUUGCCAGGCAUCGUCCAUCCCCAAUCAUAUACCGCGUCACCAACCACUUCGCCGACCACCGCCAAGACCCUUUGUUCACAACCCGCACACCCAUACAUCACAGGUAUACAACGUCCAGACAUCUACGAUCUCAUGUAACUUCUGCAAGGGUUCUCAUUAUCCGCAACAAUGCGAGACAUUUCUACGCUUAUCCAUCCCCGAUCGUAUAAAAUUCGCAAGAACAAAAAACUCGUGCUUGAACUGUCUUCGUUCAACACACCGCACGAGCGAGUGUAGAUCCACCACAUGUCGAAGAUGCUACCAAAAGCAUCACACGUUACUUCAUCAAGAAGUUGCGUCGACCUCAGUCGCGCCCACCCAAGUGCAUGCCACUUGUCUAAAAGCUAGCACACCUUCGCAAAUACUACUGGCGACGGCCGUAAUCAAUGUCAUUGAUAAAUUUGGACAACCGCAUCCAUGUAGGGUGUUAUUAGAUUCAUGCUCCCAAUCACAUUUCAUAACAAAGAGGUUCUUCCAAGGGCUACAGCUUGCCACCAAAUCAAUCGCGAUUCCGAUCAAUGGAAUGAACGACAUGACCUCAGUCAUUAAAGCGCAAACCACUGCCCAGAUCCAAUCGCGAUAUAACAACUUCUCGAAAACUCUUACCAUGCUAAUUGUAGAAGAAAUUUCGCAAAGACUACCUGCUCAUCAAAUAGAAAAAUACUCAUUAAACAUACCCGCGAACACUUACCUGGCCGACCCUCAGUUCUACGAGCCCGCAGGUAUCGACGGACUGUUAGGAGCACAGGUAUUCUGGGACCUGUUGUGCUUGGGCCAAAUCACACUCAAUGAAAGGACCAUAAAACUACAACAAACCCAAUUAGGCUGGAUAAUAACAGGGGAAGUGCCGAUAAAGGGCACGCAUAAAAACACAAUUUGCAAUUUAUCAAUGGAAACGCUUAAUAGUAACAUAAAUAAAUUUUGGGAAUUGGAGGAGCGCGUACCGGAAAGGUUAUUAUCCAUAGAGGAACAAAAUUGCGAGACACAUUACAUUAAACGUACACAGCGCGAUCCAGUCACAGGUAAAUACAUUGUACAACUGCCGUUUAAAAAUAGCAUCCACACAUUAGGAAAUUCCUACUCACUAGCUUUACGGCGUUUUCUUUCUUUAGAAAGACAACUCGACCGUAGUCCAGAAAUGAAGGUGCAAUAUAUAAAUUUCAUGAAAGAAUACGAGCAGCUAAAGCAUAUGUCCAAAAUCUCACACCACCCGAACGAAGGAUACUUUUUACCUCAUCACGCGGUCACGAAAUCAGACAGCCUAACCACUAAAAUUCGUGUGGUUUUCGAUGCCUCGGCAAGAUCCACCUCAGGAAUCUCACUAAAUGAAACUUUGAUGGUAGGUCCGGUAGUACAAGAGGAUCUAUUUUCAAUAGUUACCCGCUUUCGCGUUCAUACAUACGUCUUAACCGCAGACAUAACAAAAAUGUAUAGACAAAUAAUACUAAAUCCAGAGCAUCGAAAAUAUCACAAAAUUUUAUGGCGGGAAGGUCCAACGCAUGCCAUCCAAACCUACCAGCUAAACACGGUUACGUAUGGUACGGCAUGCGCGUCAUAUUUAGCCACACGGUCCUUAUUGCAACUUGCUGAAGAUGAAGAAAAGGUACAUCCCGAAGCAUCAAAGAUACUAAAAACCGACUUUUACGUGGACGACUUGUUAACCGGCGCCGACAAUCUAGGGAAGGCGCAGCGUAUUCGCGAUGAACUCAUCGCACUCACAGCAAAGGGGGGCUUUCAACUCAGACAAUGGUUGUCGAAUGAACCGCAAUUAGUAGCGCCAUUGCAAAAAUCAGACGAUCCGCUCAUGACUCUUGAUCUCUCAGAUGAGAAAAAGACGCUAGGUCUUUAUUGGCACCCCACACAGGAUACACUUGGCUACACUUUAAAGGGCAACGAACCCUUGAACACCGUAACGAAACGCACUAUUUUAUCUAGAAUUGCACAACUAUUCGACCCGCUAGGAUUAAUAGGUCCAAUAAUUGUCCAAGCAAAGCUUAUUAUGCAAAGCUUAUGGAAAAUAAAACAAACCUGGGAUGAACCGCUUCCCAUCGAAAUUCAUUCAACCUGGGUAGAUUUUCAAGCGCAACUACAUUUAGUACGUCAGUUUUCUAUUCCGCGACGAAUUGUAAAGGACAAUUGCAAAUCUAUGCAAAUACAUGGAUUCUGUGACGCGAGUGAGCGCGCGUACGGUGCAUGUAUAUACCUCAGAACGACUACUACCGAUGGAAAUUAUUAUACCUCACUAGUUUGUUCAAAAUCUCGUGUCGCACCUCUCAAAACGCAAUCACUACCACGUUUAGAAUUGUGUGCAGCACUGCUAUUAAUUAAUUUGUACAAGAUCACCAGUAAAGCUCUAAGAAUACCAAUAGAAAAAACUUACUUUUGGACAGACUCCAUGAUUGUAUUGCAUUGGAUUAAUUCUCAACCUCACACAUUAAAACAAUUCGUUGGAAAUAGGGUAAGCGAAAUUCAGCAGCACAGCAAUGCAGAGCUCUGGCGUCAUGUACCAUCAAAGGACAAUCCAGGGGACAUACUCUCUCGAGGGGCAAGUCCGUCUGAAUUGAAUAAAAAUCUAACAUGGAAAAAUGGACCACAUUGGCUCUCACUAAAUGAAGACCAAUGGCCAAUCACAAACUUGCAAUCCAUAGACAUCCCUGAAACGCGUAAAAUUACUAUAUUAUCAAACACGCUUGCCGAAACCCCUAAUAUUUUCGCAAAAUUUUCAAAUUUUCAACUGCUAACACGCGUAGUAGCAUAUUGCAUCAGAUUCUACCACCAUUCACUAAAGAAAACAAAACACAACGGGCAAUUAACUACAGACGAACUAAGGAGCUCUCACGAUCGUAUAAUUAGACUAAUUCAACUACAAGAAUUCCAUAAUGACCGCAAGGUCCUGGAAACGCAGGUAAACGAUAAAUCCUACAAAGGGCGCCUUGCUGCGCUCCACCCAUUCAUAGACGCGUGCGGUCUCCUACGAGUAGGCGGUAGACUGUCUCACGCGGAUCUGACGUAUGAUCAGAAGCACCCUUUGCUUCUUCCACAAAGGCACUCGGUCACAGAGUCAAUCAUCCAACAAUACCAUUUAAAGCAAGGACACGCGGGUGUCCAAGCCACUCUUAAUGCGGUACGGCAAACUUAUUGGCCGAUAAGCGGGAAAACCGUAGUGAAAACAAUGAUCCGUAAAUGCGUAAAAUGCUAUCGUGCAAGGCCUACUAUUCCGGAAUAUCCAAUGGGAAAUUUACCCAAGGAUCGCGUCACCCUAAAACGCCCAUUCUUAACUACUGGCAUCGAUUACUGUGGGCCAUUUCAUAUCAAGGAAAAAAGGUUAAGAAACACUAAACAAAUUAAAUGCUAUGUAGCAAUUUUCAUUUGCCUUGCAACGAAAGCAGUUCACAUUGAAUUAGUGAGUGAUUUGAGCACCGACGCUUUUCUCGCGGCAUUGCGCAGACUCUUUGCUCGUCGAGGAAAAUCCACCGAUCUAUAUUCAGACAAUGCAACCAACUUUGUAGGCGCGAAUCAUAAUUUACAAGACUUACACGAGCUAUUACAAUCCAAGACUCAUAAUGACUACAUAAAGCAUCAUCUCGCAAAUGACAAUAUCAACUGGCACUUCAUACCCCCCCGGGCUCCCCAUUUCGGCGGUUUAUGGGAAGCCGCAGUCAAAUCUUUCAAAUACCACCUCGUUCGGGUAUUAGGUAACACGCUCCUCACCUACGAAGCUUUCAACACGUGCAUAAUAGAGAUCGAAGCCAUCCUCAAUUCUAGACCUAUAACACCUUUAUCCUCAGACCCCACCGACUAUACUGCCUUAACCCCAGGUCAUUUCCUCAUCGGCGAUGCAAUAACUAACAUACCUGAGCGAGACCUUUCAGCAGUCAAUACGGGCCGAUUGGCGCUAUGGCAGCAUAUCCAGCAAAUUAAGCAACACUUUUGGGCGCGUUGGCGCAAGGAAUACUUGAAUGAGCUAACGGUAAGGCAGAAAUGGCAUCAAGUCAAAGAGGCAAACAUCCAGGAAGGGCUGUUGGUCAUCAUCAAGGAAGAUAAUCUCCCACCAUUCCAUUGGCCUUUGGGACGCAUCGUAGAAAAACACCCGGGCAAGGACGGAAUCACCCGAGUUGUGACCAUUAAAACAGCGCGCGGUAUCUAUAAGCGCCCAAUUAAAAAAUUAGCUCCUCUGCCAAUAGACAUUACUUAA